AUGGCUGAGGUAGCUGUGAGCAUAGUUAUUGCUUUGUUCGAUGAAAAGUUGGAACUACUAAGAGUUCUUCAUAAAGAAGUUGAAGACAUCAAGGUUGAAUUGGAGUUCAUUGCCUCUUUCCUAAAAGAAGCAGAUGCAAGGGCGUCUAAAGCAGAUCACACCGAUAGUGUGUUGAAAACGUGGGUAAAAUAUGUAAGGGAAGCAGCUUUCCAAAUAGAAGAUAUCGUUGAUGAGUACAUGCUUCAUUUAGAAGAGCACCGUGAUCAGCGUGGAUGCAUGGCUUCCUUCCAACGAAUAGCUCGUCUUAUCAAGAAUCUAAAAAAGCGUCAUGGGAUAGCAUCAAGGAUUCAAGAUAUGAAAAGAUUAGUGCUUGAACUUGGCAGAAAAAGGGAAAGAUAUGGCUUCAACCUCUUAGAGCAAGGAGAAAGAAGCUGUAGUGGUGCUGAGAACAAUACAAUGCGCGACCCUCGAGUGGGUAUCCAUUUUGUGUCGAAUGAUUCGCUUGUGGGUAUUGAAUCUCCAAAGAAUGAGUUAAUAAGUAUGUUGGAACAAAGAGUCUCUACGCGCAUGGUAAUUUCAUUUGUGGGCAUGGGAAGAAUUGAGGAUCACUCCAUUAAUUAUGCAAGAUUAAUUCGGUUGUGGGCUGUAGACGGUUUUUCUAAGAGAAAGCAAGGCAUGACACUAGAAGAAGUUGCAAGAGAAUACUUGAUCAAGCUCAAUCAUAGGAAUUUGAUUCAAGUUGCACAAAUUGAUUCCAUUGGCAGAGUUAGAGAAUGCCGGGUCCAUGAUUUGAUGCGUGAGGUCAUUCUUUCAAAAUCUGAAGAACUAAGUUUAAUCCAAACUCAACCGGGAUAUCUGACAGCUACUGAUGGAAUAGGCCGACAUCUCUCCAUCUCUAACAGAGCAAAUAAUUCUUCAAUGAGUUUGAAGUCAUUGUCUUCUCCUCCCUCUUUGCUUCAAAACCUUAGGCUACAUGGACGAUUGUCGACAUUGCAUGAUUGGAUUUCUAAUUUGGAAAACCUUGUUAGGGUUGGUUUACAAUGGACUAGAAUAUCAUAUCAUUCAUAUAAAAUCCUUGGAGCUCUGCCAAAGCUAUUGUACCCUUAUCUAUACAAGGGAUACGAUGGAGGUGAAUUGCAUUUGGAAGAAUGA